UAAAUAUGAGCUCUAGGUCCUCGUUCACUGGGCUUCCUUAUUCCACCGUCAGAGGACAGGAGCUCAUUCCAGAAAAGACACUUCAUUACUUGUGAAGGACAAGAGCUCAAUGUAAACAUGGUUGAUAUAAGCAUUGCACUGGAGGCUCUGGGAGCACUCUGCACUGGCAACGUGACGUCUGUCCAGGAACAAGCAUCACCAAUUAAUUUGUCCAGGGGGAACCUUCAUGUGGUACCACAGCAGAAUCUGUCCAUCAAGCUUCUCAUCUCUACUGUCUUGGAUGGAGAUGAAACCUGCAAAGUGUCAAGAACCAGCUUCUACCGGCUCCAGUCUGUCCUGUCCGACAGUGGUGGAGCUGCCGCUCCUGCACUGGACGAGAUCGAUGGUCCUAUUGAGAAGAAUCUCAUUAUGGAUGAGGAAGAAUUCUUUGACCCAAAGUAUCAUUAUGAUUUCACCAAGCGUACUGACAAAAAGAUAUAUUAUAGAGGUGGAGAAAAGUACGAGCGUCCAUGCGGUUGGCAGCGAUUUGCACUGAAGGUGCUGGACAAGUAUCAUGGGAAUACCUGGCUGGGAAACAGGUCCUGUAGAACCCAGUCAUGCCCAGGGGAGUGGCCUGUGUCUUACCACGGGACGUCAAGGAAAGGUGCCGACUGCAUCAUCGAAGAUCAUUACGAGCCAGGACCAAGGGAAGUCUUUGGCAGGGGGAUUUACUCCACACCGGACAUAGAUGAAGCCAGCCGCUAUGCCAAAACGUUCACCUCGAAGAAUGGCAAGAAGUACAAAGUGGUUUUGCAGAAUCGAGUCAACCCUGCGUACAGAAAGAAGUACAAGAACGGCCUCUACUGGCUGGUCCCCAUUCCACAGGGAACAUCAGAAGCAGAAGAGCAGGCUAUGGUAGAGAGGGCAAUCCGUCCUUAUGGCCUUCUGCUGAAAGAGGUCACUGUUAAAAAAACACACACAAAAAAACACAAAAAAAAACACACAAAAAAACGGUAAUUUUCCGGCAGCUGGGGCGCCAAAAAAAUACCGUGAAUUGACAGUUAUUUUCCAUAAUUAAAAUACAUUUUAUAGAUGUAAUUUAACAAGAUUUUGCCUUACUUUCAAGUUGUUUUUAACGUUUAAUUAGAAACAUUUUCACAUUUUAAAACACUGAAAUUACCUAUAAAUAUGGUAAAUACUAAUAUGAAUAAUAGUGCUCAAAUUUACAGAAAUGUAUUGUUAUUAGUUGGUUUUAAUGACAUUAUUUUAUGUAAAGAGGUUGUAUAAUAAUUUAUAUUUGAUGUUAUAUACAGUAUAUGACACAUAAAAUAAUGUGAUUUAUCUUUCAAAACAUGUCAAUAAACUGUUGAAAAACUAGAUAUUGGGUUUACAAUUGCAACAAUUUACUUUUAAUUUUAAUAUAUAUCAAGUUAUUUUACAUUGUUUUUAACGUUUAAUUACAAAUAUUUGAAAUUACCUAUAAAGAUGGUACAUAAACAUUGUAAUAUGCAUAAUAAAGCUUAAAUUUACAGAAA